AGUCGUUUGAUGUCGUCUGCUUUUGUUUUACGCCAAUGCUAUUUUCGAUUUAUAUUUAGAGUGGGAUACAGCCUAACAGAGAAGGAAAAAAAGGAUGAAUCGAGGAACAUUGUCGGACAAGCAGAGUAACGCUAGAACUUUACUCGGAAAGCAACCAGCCCGGACCCUUUUACUCGACGCCUCGCCUCCUUUGCCAGACCACCAGCAGGUAACCAACGACCUAUGUGACAGUUUAGAGAAUGUUCUUUCUGUGGCCUGCAACAUCGGAGGACCAUCCAGGAUGCCCUUGUUCAGUGUGCUGGUACUCACAUCCUACCCAGAGCUGUUGCUUCCUCUGUCCUAUGUGAAGAAUAACUUCGCGAUGCUACAGCAGGCGUGUACUGACCUCAGAGCGGCCAUAAAUGAUGUCAGGGGCCAGACCGUGUCCCAGGCUAGGGAUUGUGUGGUUCAGGGCUUACAGGAGGCGUGUGCACAGUUCCAGAGACAGACUAACAACACAACACAGCCUGGGGGACGACUCUGUAACCAGUUGGAAGUGAUCGUGGUGUCCUGCCGAAAAGCAAAUAUCAUACAGAAACAGAUUGAGGACGCUGUUUCGUCAAUGACUUUGGAUUCUCUCAAGAGAAUUCAAUUGGUUUCAUUAACAAAUCUAGGACACGAUUCAAUUGUCGAUGACCAAUCAGAAGAAUACACAAGUCAGGGAAGUGCCGCGUCCACUAACAGUGGAAUAAGUGGCCUUGUGGAUGUUGUUCAUCUUGAUACAGAUCCACUGUGCUUACAGAAUUUCUUCAGUGCUUGGUUAAUCGACAGCAGCACAGACAGUGAACAUCUGCAUAUUGUUCUUCCAUCGGUAUUUACAGCUAACACUGAUGUUGUCAUUAAGUGUGAUUUACAUGAGAGAAUGAUUAACCCGGCACAGCUACCCUUUCACGGUCAAUUUACCUUGCAUCCUGACUCAGCUAUGAUGAAAACUUUCCCAACAACCAGCAAAGCUCUUGGCAUAACAUUGCCGAUAUUCCGCAUACAGGUGACUGGAUUAAUGAAUGCAAGUUCCAUGUGUGAUUCCAUCGUCUUCGGAAUGCCGAUGAUAGCACAACCUACAGCAUGCUGGAAAAUUGACUGGGAUGACCUGGAAAAGAAUCAACAAACAUUUCGAUGUCUAGUGCAUUUGUUACUGGAAAAAGAAAUGGUAAUGUUGGGUCAGCUUGAGAACGUGCUGCCGAAUACCUCCACAAAACGGCCCCACGGACAGACCGAGGACAAGCCUCAGGGGUGUUUAAUUUUUUUACCUGCUGAAAAUGGAUCUCUGCUUGUGAAAUCGGUGGCAUCUCAGGAGCUAUUGCUACCGUUUGAGACACCUUCCGUCGUUGAUAAUUGGUCAGAUGAUGCCAUUCAGACGUUACGGUCAUCGCUUGAUAAGUUGGAAGUGAUUGACGUUUUCAAUCCACUCCUAUGGCCAUGCCGUCUUUAUGAUUGUUUAAAAUCUAAACAAAAGAAGGCAGAUCCCAGACAGUCAAAAAAGAGACAGGACAUCACGCCGACUCCAGGAUCGGUCUCCAAAUCAUUGGCUGUUCCAAACAUUCAACGAAAUAGGACUUCCGUGUUUAGCCCUGCUGUUUCCGGCCCCAGAUGUUCAAAUCCUCGGAUGAUGCAAUCAAAUACCGACAGGUUUCAACACACAUUUCACGGGAAACCUCUUUUACCAUUCCCGACUGACCUAUGAUGUUUUUAAAUUUUCAUUUUGAUCUUCAUCAUAACGGGGAAUCGUCACAAUUUUUUCGUGCUCAUGUUAUGCCGAAAAACAAUUCGCUGAACUAUUUUUGGUUUUGUGCAAAGGAUUGUAUACAUUUCACUUUAGUUUAUUAGCUUUUGUGAUCAUUCAAGAAAUUCAACCAAUUCUAAUCCAGAGUGUAUGGGAAAAUACGAUUGAUUGGAACGAUAUUUGUAAUGAUGUAAUAAAAGUUAUUUUAAUGUUGCAUUUUUUGAAGUUUGUUAGUUAAUAUGACGUGUUUCAUUUAGAAUCAAUGUAUUUUAAUUAUCGCCGUGGGUUAGAUUAAUCCUGUAAAGUGAUUUACUUGGCAUUUGAAAUUGAUUAAGGAGAUUAAAACCUCAGUCAAUGAACUUUAUUAUAGAAAGAGAAUUAUUCGUCAUUACUGAAUUCGUGUUUCAUGUACAUUUCAAUAAUUAUAAGUGAAGUAUUCAGUUUUAUUUUGAGCUCAGUAGGUGAAGUAUUCGGUUAUAAUUUUGAGCUCAGGAAGUGAAGUAUACAGUUUUAAUUUUGAGCUCAGUAAGUAUUUGACAGUUGUUAUUUUAAAAUUAAUUAUGUAAUAUUUGUUUUUAUUUC